AUUUACAUCCCAGACUGUUCAUUCAAAAAGACGAUAUCGCUUCCCCGGAAUUCUCUGAUUAGCAGUAAUUACCUUGGACUCUUGACCCUUCCGCCUUCAUUGCUAUCCUUAUUCCAGGCGUCAUAAUACCCUAAACAAAACAAAACAAAAAAGUAACUUGUCACACGCGCUUCCAUAUACUAUUUACCAUGCGAAGAGACGUGCGCAUAUUGCUAGUGGGAGAUGAGGGUGUUGGCAAGAGUACUCUCAUCACCUCGUUGAUAAAAGAAACAUUCAUACCCAACGUACAACAUGUCGUCCCCGAGGUAACAAUUCCUCCAGAGGUUACGCCCGAGAACGUAACAAUGCACAUCAUGGAUUCUUCAGCACGCCCUGAAGAUCGUGAACAACUUGAAGCAGAGAUCCGCAAAGCGCAUGUCAUUUGCAUCGUCUACGCUAUUGAUGACCCAAACACCUUUAAUCGCCUGUCUCUUUAUUGGCUGCCUUAUAUUCGUUCGCUGGGAGUGAAUGUCCCGUCUGUGCUUGUGGGCAACAAGAUAGAUUUGAGAGGCGAUGAUGUGACAAACCAAAGUCUAGAAGACGAGGUUAUUCCUAUAAUGAAUGAAUUUAAGGAGGUGGAGACAUGUGUAGAAUGCUCUUCAAGGCAACUCCUCAAUGUAUCUGAAGUCUUUUACUUUGCUCAAAAGGCCGUAUUACACCCUACAGCUCCUCUCUAUGAUUCAAGAGAACAUAUCCUCAAACCCCAAUGCAUUGAUGCUCUGAAGCGUAUAUUUAAACUAUGCGAUACAGACAAAGACAAUAUCUUGAACGAUAAGGAACUUAACGAGUUUCAGAGAAAAUGUUUCAAUGCACCACUGCAGCAGCAAGAAUUAGAAGGUGUAAAAGAAGUGGUACGAGAACAUGAGCCAGCAGGAGUAAAUAAAGAAGGUUUGACGGAAACAGGGUUUGUUUUUCUUCAUUCUCUUUUUAUUCAACGAGGACGUCUCGAGACUACCUGGACAGUAUUAAGAAAGUUUGGGUAUGGCGAUGACUUGUCACUAAGAGAAGACUUCUUGUUGCCUACUCUUGACGUACCACAAGAAUGCUCGGUCGAAUUGAGUCCCCAUGGUUACCAAUUCUUCGCCGAACUUUUCCAAUCCUUUGACAAGGACAAAGAUGGUGCCUUGAAUUAUCAAGAGCUCAUCGGUCUGUUCAGCACAUCACCAGGAAACCCCUGGGCGAACACAGCAUUCCCACAAACAACCAUCACAACAGAGACAGGAUCGGUUACAUUACAGGGUUGGCUAGCACAGUGGAGUAUGACAACUCUUAUUGAUCAUAAAACUACCUUAAAAUAUAUGGCUUACCUUGGUUUUGAGGGUGAUACACGUACUGCGCUCAAAGUAACAAAACCAAAAAAGACAGAUCGUAAAAAGGGGAAGAUUCAACGAAACGUAUUCUUAUGUUAUAUCUUUGGGGCACCCCGGUCAGGAAAGACCUCUCUCAUGAGAGCAUUUGUAAACAAGCCUUUUUCUGAAAAGUAUCAUCCAACAAAAGAGCCUUUUCAUGUGGUUAAUUCUGUAGAAAUGAAAGGUGUAGAAAAAUACUUGGUGAUGCAAGAAAUAGGUGCUGACCAAGAAGCCGAUAUUCUGUCGAGUAGAAAGCGUCUUGAUGCCUGCGACCUUUUGUGCUUUGUAUACAACACCGGCGAUGUCAAUUCAUUUGCUUAUUUAGCUGCUCUUCGGGAAAAAUAUAAGGUUGAAAAUGUUCCAAUUGUUUUUGUGGCAACACAAAGUGAAGUUGAUUUAAUUACACAACGAUAUGAAGUCCAGCCCGACGUCUAUUGUCGCAAUAUUGGUUUGGCUGUUCCUCGGAGUGUUUCGGUAAAGAAUAACCAGAUGGCAGAGCUUUAUCACAUUUUGACAAGCGUGGCCAUGAAUCCUUCAAUUGCCAUCCCAGGUUCUCAAAAGGACAAGACAAAGGAUAUGUGGCCUCCAAAGAGCUAUGUUGUAGCCUCUGUGAUUACCGGUGUUGUUAUCUUGACAGGCUUUGCUGGUUACAAGCUACUGAAGCAGCACUCGAAAACAAUAGGUUCCAGUGCCCAGGCUGCUGCGGUUGCGGCUAUCAAGAAGAAAAAAUACUGA